CACGCAUGCAUCUUUAAUACAGAUCCUUUAAUCACGUGAUAUCCGGCACGAACUUCCUUCACUCUUCCGUUAGGUACGGAACGUAAGGUCCGGACUUGGGUGUUUGUCCUCUCUUGUAGAGCUAAGGUCGUAUCCGACGACUUACACCAAUUUUAAGUUCCAUCCAUCUCUUAAUAAUAAAAUUUAAACUCAAAAAAUGACGACCGAGGCCGAAUUAGCGUGCGUUUAUUCCGCCUUAAUACUUGUCGAUGACGACAUCGCUGUAACCGGCGAAAAAAUACAAACAAUUUUGAAGGCAGCAAAUGUAAAUGUUGAAUCAUAUUGGCCUGGGUUAUUUGCUAAAGCUUUGGAAGGUAUCAAUGUUAAGGAAUUAAUUACUAACAUUGGAUCUGGUGUUGGAGCUGCUCCUGCAGGAGCAGGUGCUCCAGCUGCUGCAGCGCCUGUUAGCACUGAAACUGCUCCAGCCAAAGAAGAAAAGAAGAAAGAAGAACCAGAGGAAGAGUCCGAUGAUGAUAUGGGCUUUGGUCUAUUUGACUAAAAUCAAGGAUCGCAUUGGUCCAUUCCUUUUAUGUAUGUACAGUUAUAUUGUACACACAAUAUAAACAAUAAAACAUUUUGAUAAGAAAA